AUGGCCAAAACACCCCAGAGCAGCAGCAAGAAUAACAAAGUCCUCUCACAAGACCUCCUUCCCCUUUCUCUACAUGAGUUUGCUUUCCUCCACGCCAAGAUAAAACUCCUUUGCUCCCUGUCUCUCUCGCGAAGAUGCUUUAGUACUGGUCAGUCUUCUUCGUCUUGCUUCAACUUUGAUGAAAGCAUCUGUUCAAAUUCUGCAUUGGAGAUGAGCUGCCAGUUGAGUGGCGGUAGUGGUGAUGGUGAUGUUCCAGAGUCUUUGAACAAUGUGGGGACUUUAUCAGGGGACAAGGGUGGUUCUGGUUAUGCAUCACCUGCUUUUGUUAGUGGAUGGAUGUAUGUUAACGAAAGUGGCCAAAUGUGUGGUCCUUAUAUUCAGCAGCAGUUAUAUGAAGGUUUAUUGACUGGUUUCCUUCCUGAUGAGCUGCCCGUGUAUCCUGUGGUUAAUGGAACAUUAACCAACCCUGUCCCACUGAAGUACUUCAAGCAGUUCCCUGAUCAUGUCGCCACGGGGUUUGCAUAUCUGAGCUCCAACACCUCAACUACGAUCUCACCUACACCUUCUGUUCAUCCAAACUCAGAUUUAGCACCCGACUUCCUUGGCAACUACAAUAAUUUGAACCAGUCUAUAUCAAACCCUGAAGCAGCUAACCAAAGCAUGGAACUUUGGCCGCUGUCUGGUGAAGAUCGUUGUUGGUUGUUUGAGGAUGAUGAGGGGAGGAAACAUGGACCACAUUCUCUUCUAGAAAUUUAUUCCUGGCAUCACUAUGGAUAUCUCUGUGACGUAGUAAUGUUAUACCAUGCUGAAAAUAAGUUUAGGCCCUCUAUGUUGCUAUCCGUGGUAAAUGCGUGGAAGAAAAGUAAACCUGAUUUUCCAUCUGCUUCUGACGUCGAAAGCAAUUUUGGCUCUUCAAUGAGCUUCAUAGAUGAAAUUUCUGAAGAAGUUUCUUGUCAUCUGUACUCUGGAAUAAUGAAAGCUGCUCGUAGAGUUGUAUUGGAUGAGAUCUUCGGCACCAUAAUUUCAGAGUUUGUUGUUGCAAGGAAAACGCAGAGAAAACCGGAUCAUCUGGCUGGAACUGUUGGCACGCCUGUCAGCAGAAAGUCAGAAACUGCUGGUCAAAGAAAGUAUAAAUCUGCUGAGUCUGACUCAGCCUGUCCAGCUGUUAGUGAUCAGACAUGCAUUAAUGAGACGUCUUCAUGGUCUCCAUCCAUCACAAAAUCUGUUGGAAGUUUUGACAACCCUAAGACCAUAACAAAAUCUGUUGGAAGUUUUGACAACCUCUUAGGGUCAUGUGCUGUUGUUUGUAGAAUGCUUUUUGAUUACUGCUCUCAAGUGAUGUGGAAUGCUGUCUUUUAUGACACUAUUGCUGAGUUUUCCUCCUCGUGGAGGAGGAGAAAGAUUUGGUUUGGUCCUUCGAAGAUUAUUUUACCUUCUAAUACUGGAGUUGCUGGCAUCAAUAGACUCCUUGAUGAAGCAGAAUCCUCUGCUUCUGAUAUUGAUUGCCCUCCUGGUUUUGAACCAAUGACAAUUGAAAGAGAUAAUCACGUAGAGUCAUCUGUCAUGGCUUCAUCUAUGCUUGUGGAAGAAAAUUCUCCUAACUGGAGUGGCAUGCACAGCAACGUUGUGAAUGAUGAUGUAAUAUCCAUUUUGGAGAGUCUCGAAGAGGAGCUCCAUGUGUCUGCAAAGGUGUUCAUACCUGAUCUUGUUGAAAUUCUUGUUGAGGAAGAAGUAAUGAAAGUAACUAAUAUUUUACAGGAUGAGGAACGGAAUAAGGACACUGUCAAGUCUUCAAUUCAUGGUCUGAAAGCUAGUGACCCCAGUUCUUCCGGCAUGCAUGAUGAAUUAAGGAUUGAUUCUGACGGAUUGUGUUUGGAGGCAAACUUUACUGAUAAUUCUCAUAGUGGAUUCCAAGAUCACUUGUGUCAAGCUGUAUCUGAAAGCUCUAUGCCUAACUUUUUGCAAAGUGCUUUUAGAAGAUCACGUAUGCACGUAGACGAAAUGGUUUAUGAUGCAAAAGAUGAUGAACCACAACCACCAGGUUUGGGAAAUGAUAGUAUGACUAUUGCGCCAUCACCUGCUAAACUCCGUCCUUCAAGAUCAAAUGAGUGUGCUCCUAAGAUUGGAGUAUAUUUUGCCAUGGCAAUGUGCCGUCUUAAAUUGCAUGAUUGUGUUCUUGAAGAAUGCAAAUCAUUGUUCAUUGCUGGUGCUCUUCGUAAAUAUCUAGUAUCUUGGCAUACUUCGAGAAAGUGCCAUGAACUUUGUUUCAAUCAGGAAAUAACAUGCAAUAAAGAGCGUCAUGGUGAUAUUCUUAGCGUACCAGAGAAAGUAAGAGAAAGAUCGAGGAAAGUUUACAGUUCAGGUUAUUCAGAAGGGUCUCUGACUACUGGCAAAUAUACAUAUUACCGCAAGAAAAAGUCAUCAUUGAAGAAGAUAGGACCAUCGUCCUUGUGCACGACUCCAUGUGACAAUAAACUACAGAAUCUAUCUGUGGAGAGGUCUGUGGAGCUGGACGUUAUGAGAGAUGCAAGUCCAAGGAGGACUGAAACACCAAAUGGCUUUGCUGAUCCAUCUCUUAGUGCCCGGCCUUCGAAAACCACUGUUGUAAGUAGUUCAAAAAGUGAUCACCCAGUAUUCAGAAGUGCUGGUUUCAGAAAAAUUGUCAAGUUCUCUCAUUCAGUUCAAAAGGAUGAGAUAAAAGAAGUUGUCGUGAAGCGUUUUCGGAAGAGUGUUACGAAGGACAAUCAUAAUGACUUUGAGAGCCGUAACCAUGAUCUCAGAAAUGAUGAAUUGGGUACUCAUAAGCAAUCUGGGAAGAAACUAAAUGUAAGUAAAGUACCAAAGCUGAAACGGAAGUGUGCAAUGGAUGGUUUGCCGGGUCAUUAUCCUGCAAAGGUUUCUAAAGCAGUGAAUGAGGCUACUAAACAAGCAGCUGGUAAACAGGUUGUGCUAGGGAAAAUCAAGUCUGAUAAAUUGAGAAUACCAAAUAUUUGCCCUAGGUCUGAUGGAUGUGCAAGGUCUUCAAUUAAUGGAUGGGAGUGGCAUAAAUGGUCAAUAAAUGCAAGUCCUGCUGAAAGAGCUCGUGUUAGAGGAAUUCAGUACAUUUAUGGCAAGAAUUUAGGUUCUGAGGCUUGUUCAUCUCAGUUGUCAAAUGGUAAGAGUCUUUCUGCAAGAACAAACAGGGUCAAGAUGCGGAAUCUUCUUGCUGCUGCUGAAGGAGCUGACCUUUUGAAAGUCACUCAAUUGAAGGCGAGAAAAAAGCGCUUGCAUUUCCAGCAGAGCAAGAUACAUGAUUGGGGUCUUGUUGCGCUAGAGCCAAUUGAGGCUGAGGACUUUGUCAUUGAGUACGUCGGGGAAUUGAUUCGUCCACGAAUAUCCGAUAUACGUGAACGUCUUUAUGAGAAGAUGGGUAUUGGCAGCAGUUAUCUUUUUAGACUUGAUGAUGGUUACGUGGUUGAUGCAACAGUGCGUGGUGGGAUUGCUAGAUUUAUAAACCAUUCUUGUGAGCCCAACUGCUACACAAAGGUCAUAAGCGUUGAAGGUCAAAAGAAGAUUUUCAUCUAUGCGAAACGACAUAUAGCUGCAGGAGAAGAAAUUACUUAUAAUUACAAAUUUCCUUUGGAGGAGAAAAAGAUCCCCUGCAACUGCGGUUCCAGGAGGUGUCGUGGAUCUCUGAAUUAGAGUAUUGUGGUUUGCAAGUUGAGGUUAGUAAAUGUGGAUUUUGCUGUCAAAUGAUGCUUUGUAUAAUAGCUUCAUCCACUUGGAACAAUUUGGCCGGUUGUCUGAAAAUUUUGGCGGAUGUUGUAACAAGAUGACUUGGCUGCCGAGUAAGCUUCAGAGUCGAUAUGGCCAUCUUUCAUCAUUGCUUGCGAGUAUGUGACCCAGUGGUAGAGCUGCAGGGACCAGGGGUGCAACCUAGAGGUCACAAGUUUAAUUUCUGGAAUAGUCUCUCCACAUAUUAUGUGGGGGUAAGGUCCGCGUGUCCCUGACCCCGCCUACUACGGGAGCCUUGUGCGCGGGAAUUGUUUACCUUUUUAAUACUAGGUUUGUGAUUGGGUACUUGGACUUGUUUUGUAGUUUCAUGAAUGUGGAUACAAACAUGAAUUUGAUAGAAGAAAAUGUAGUUACAAGUGCAGCGAGAAACUGUAGAUGAUGCUUUCAGAUUUACUUGCAAAGACAUCAGGCACGACUUUCAUAGGUUUUGGGUUGUAGCAGUCAAUAAAGACCUGGUAUCUAAUAGUGGCAAUCUUUGUUGAUUUGAUUUUUUAGCCAACUUGUUAGAGGAGGUUUAUGGGCUCCCUGCAUUCCAGUAGGUCUUUCUCUGAUGCAGAUGAGUUUCUUCUCUCGGAAACUCUAAAUCAGUCCACGGUUUUCUUACUUAAACUCAGACUUUUGGAAUGCCAAAUUUUUUUGUACAGACAUGCAUUAAUUCUCUAUGCUAUAUAUAUGAACUUGAAACAAAAAUUUGCAUAACUUUGCGGAUGACUUUGAUGGUUCCGUAAGUAAUUUCUUGUUAACAUUGAGAAAGGUCUAUACCCUUACAACUCAUUAAAUCUUAAUCUCAAGCUCUGUUUGCUGAAGAAAUCUGAUACAUCUUGCCCCCGAUAUCCUAUAACCAAUAUAAACGGCAGCAAGGCUUAAAGAGGGCAAGUUGCCGACCAUUUGUUUGAAGUAUACACAAUGGAUUUGAAUGAUCCACGAAAUCGAAGUAUUCUUCAUGAGAGCUCCCACAGUAAUGGCUUAGAUUUAACAAGUUGGUUGGUGAACCUGUUCUUUUAGGUUUUACUUUUGCAUAGAUUAUGUGGCCAUUUAAUUUUAGCCCGUUCAAUUACUGCAAGUCAUGGUCUUAUCAACUGUGAAAUAAAGAAGUGUUGUUACAUCUUGCUGAUGGGGCUUGCAGAUAGAAUAUAUUAGCAAUAGCUCAAUGUUGAUGAGGUGAUACUAUCGCAUUGUUUUUGUUUUGCGGAAGACGGUGGCUACAAAAUGUGUAUAAACUUUAAAGGAAGUGGCAUUUGUACUGUCUUCAACAAGACUGAGACAACAAAAUUCUUCUUGUUGAUAAGAGUCCAAAUUUACCAAUGGAGAUUGAGGAAAACUUAUUAGCUGGCGGUCAAAAGUCUGGAGUGGCUUUAGGCAGCAGCAUCAUAAGGAUGAUUGCGUAUGAUGUCUACCCUGUAUGUAUUAUACUUCUAGUUAUUUACUAUAUUUGUUCCAUUCAUUGGUUGCAGGGAUAGACCAAGUAGAAACAGCGUCUUAGCUGCUUGAGCUGGGGCUGGGGCGAAGGUGUCUCCAGGCCCUCCGGUAUGUUUCUGCUGGCCCUUCUUUCUUUAUCAAGUUGACAGGGAGAGUAAGACUCUGUUGGCUUGGCUUGCAAUCAUAAAGCUAGAGAAUACGUAGUUGAACCUAGAGUGAGAGAUGAUUACAUGGAUCAUCAACACAAUGGACUUGGUUACUCAGACCAUACAGUAUAUACAGGAAGGUAGAGGGGCGGGGCAAGGUCUCCAUUCUCCAAGGGGAAAAAAAGAAAAACUUUCUUUUGUAAGUGAACAGCCUCAAGGUGGCUAAAAUAGGGAAUUUAGUAAGUAGCGUUGUGAAUAGUCUUUUACCUUUUCUUUUCUUUUUUUUUGAUACUUUUGACUUGGAAGAUUUAGCCUUGGUUGGAAAAAAGGACAACAAAAACUGCCUCCUGUUUUUUUGACCUUAGAUGAAAUAAAUAAUGAAAAGAAUUUUGGAAGAGUU